UUUCGUUCCCCCUCCCCAUAACUUUCACUUUCGCUCCUUCCCCCCUCCCCCCAAGCCGCUCUCGCGCUCUUUCACCACUUUCACUUUCUUCUCCCGGAACUUUCCCUUUUCCACUUCCGCUUUUCCCGCGUUUUCCUUUGGCUCCGCCCCCCCAGGCCCCGCCCACCUGCGAGUCACCGGCCAAGGGCCCGCCGAGGUCACCGAGGGGGGAACCGGCCACGGCGCCGGAGAGAUCCAGCAGGCGGCGAAAGGCCGGGACGAGUACGUGGCCACCUUCAAAGGCAAUGAGUUCUUCUGCUACGACCUGUCGCACAACCCCAUCCAGAGCAGCACGGACGAGCUGACGCUGUCGUUCCGCACGGCGCAGCGCAACGGGCUGCUGCUGCACACGGGCAAGGCGGCCGACUACGUCAACCUCUCGCUCAAGAGCGGCGCCGUGUGGCUCGUCAUCAACCUGGGCUCCGGCGCCUUCGAGGCGCUGGUGGAGCCCGUCAAUGGCAAGUUCAACGACAACGAUUGGCACGACAUCCGCGUCACCCGCAACCUGCGGCAGCACGCAGGGAUCGGACACGCUAUGGUAAACAAACUGCAUUACCUGGUGACGAUCUCGGUGGACGGGAUCCUGACCACGACGGGGUACACGCAGGAGGAUUACACCAUGCUGGGCUCCGACGACUUCUUCUACGUGGGGGGGUCCCCCAACACCGCCGACCUCCCGGGGUCCCCCGUCAGCAACAACUUCAUGGGCUGCCUCAAGGAUGUGAUCUACAAGAACAACGACUUCAAGCUGGAGCUGUCGCGCCUGGCGCAGGAGGGGGACGCGCGGGUGACCCUGCACGGGGCCCUGCUCUUCCGCUGCGAGCCGGUGGCCGCUCCGGAGCCCGUCACCUUCGGCACCCCUCAGGCCUUCCUGGCGCUGCCGCCCUGGCCGCCCGCCCGCACCGGCUCCGUCUCCUUCGACUUCCGCACCACGGAACCCAACGGGCUCCUGCUCUUGGGGCAGGGGCAGGCGCCGGGGCCCGGGCCCCCCCGGCCUCACUUCCUGGCGCUGGAGCUGUUGGACGGGCACCUCUACCUGCUGCUGGCCAUGGGCGCCGGCGACACGCGGCUCCGCGCCAGCGCCCGCAAGGUCACCGACGGCGAGUGGUGCCACGUGGACGUGCAGCGGGACGGGCGCAGAG